UGCACCGCGUCGCAUUCCAUGCGCACCAACAACAAAGACAACAACAGGCCAACAACAACGGAAACGGCAAGCCACCAGCCAUCCAACCAGCCAACCACGCUCAUAGGCGAUCGAAGAUAUCAUCAGCCAGCAAAGAACGGGAGCACCUUCACCUUAUUUGUUUGACCUUGGCCAAACAGGUAGAAGAAAGGGAGGCGGCGUGUUGUGCUCGUACUUGUUCUGCGCUGUUGUUGAAGUUUGUGAGGUUGUGACGUCUCAGCCUUGGAGCCAUACACAGCAACACCGACCACACAGCAACGCCGACCACACACACACGCACUCAGACGCCCAAGCGUUGGAAGAACAGCUAGAACAGCUGCAUUACGGCCGGCCAAGAAACAGUGCCAGCACCAGAACCUUGCACCACCAACAACACCAGCAGGCAGAACGUCGCAGCCGAGUAGCAGUGGUGGCAGACAGCUACAGCUGACCAUGCGGUCGGACUGUGAUGAUCCGCCUGCGCGCGUGACCCGGCGCACGAGUCACGAAGCAGCAGUCACAACAACAGCAACACGAACAGCUGCUGCUCCCACAGCUGGAGGUGAGCGGCGGGAGAGCGGCGAUACCCGUGCACGUUCAAACAACAUUCCCAGCCGCAACCGCAACCACAGCAACCAGAACAAGCAGCACACCAUGGAAACUGCAGAUGGGGGCGGGAAGGUGCGACGGUCCAGCUCCCAGGACAAGCUCUGCACCAAGUCUGCAAGCAACAUCUCAGGGCAAUCCAUGUCCACAGACACGUCCUCAGAAACAGUUCAAUCAUCGUCAGAUGCAGCAUCAGGCACCACCUCGCAUGCAGCACCGUCAUCGUGUGCCUCUACCCUCGCCCAGACCGGCGCAGCUCAUGUGCCUGCGCCCACAUCAUCGCACACGGGCAGCAGGGACAGCAGAGACAGCAGUGCUGCUCUGACGUCGAUGGGGACCGCGUCAAAGCUCUUGCUGGAGCAGUCUGGCGACCAGCUGCUCACUGCAGAGUCAGCAGAUUUGCUGACAUCAAGCACCUCAUCGACGAGUGGACGGCGAAACGUGUUCCGGGCGGGCCAGCUCGGCGCCAUCCGCCUCUCCCUCAUGAUCAACCCGACGUCGCGUGAGCUCCUUGUCACCGUCAUUGAGGGGCGCGACUUCCCCAUGCUUGGAUCAGAUCUUCCAGACAGCCACGUGCGCGUGAGUCUGUGCUCGGACCAGUCCAAGUCGGGGCGGCGGCGCACGCGCACCGCCAAGCGCACGCGCGCGCCAUCAUGGGACGAGACGCUUGCUCCGCUCAAGAUUGCGCGCGAAAGCGUCAGCGAUGAGAUGCUGCGGAUUCAGGUGUAUUUUGAGAGCAGCACCUCGCUUGCUGGCGAGACCUACUUGCCUCUCGAUCGUGCACUCCGCGCUUUCCCCGAAAACCUCAAUGACUGGUUCAUCUUGCAGCCGGCCCACAGCAGCAGGCGCAGGUCUGGGCCGAAAUGGCUGAAGCGCGGUGGCGAAACAAGCGAUAUGGACAGCAGUGCACCCUUCAUUUCUUUUCUCAACGCCAGGCUGGCCGCUCUCAAGGACUCGCCACUCGACACGGAAGCGAAGCGGUAUUUCGGGUACCGAACCAAAUACUGGGCAGAAGUCAUCCCAGAGAUGUCGGCGGCUCAAGGCAACGACGAGAAACUGGCAAACGCCAUGUGGGAGCUCUUCACAACAGAGACGGCCCACUUGUCUGUGCUCUCUGUUCUCAACAACCCAUUCCACCGCAUGCUCCAGGAAGUCAAACAGAACAAGACGGACACGCGCGUCAAAUACGUCUUGAAGGACUGCAAGCUGGACAAGAUAUUUGGCAGCGUGCACGAGCUCAUGGAAAUCAGCCUCUCCUUUGUCAAGGCACUCGAGUCCAUCUUUGUCAACCGCGCUGCAAACGUGCGCGAAAUGACUGCAGCAACAGUGCCAUCAUCACCACGCAAAUCCAGCCGCAGCCGCGGCAAUGCCGGUGAUGAUGAUGAUGACGACGGCGAUGAGGAUGAAGAUCAGCAGACGCAGCAGCGUGUUGUCGAUUCACUGCUGGAUGUUGGCGCUGUCGUUGACGCAUUUGCCGCCUUGCAAGAGCGCCUCCUGGAACCAGAAAUGAAAUAUCGCUUGCAGCACGACCGCGCCCGCCGCUACAUCAAGCGAACGCUGGCUGAUGAGCCUGACGGGGCGUUUGCGCUCUACAUGCAGUGGUGUCAGGAGGACACGCGCUGUGGCCGCCAUUCGCUUGCAGAUUUGCUGACUCAGCCGUUGCAGCGGCUUACCCGCUACCCGCUGCUCCUCAAGGCCAUCCUCAAGCACACGCCAGAGGACAGUCCAAACAGGGAGCGCUUGGAGGAUCAAAUUGCGUACUUGGCGACGGCAAUCGACGAGCACGACCGCAGAAUGCGUUUGCAGGACAAUUCAAACAAGUUGCGCAAGCUGCAGAACAACCUUAUCUGGCCAUCAGCCAUGGAGACGUCCGCAAAUGCGUUUGUGUCGCCAGUGCACACGGCGUAUCUUGGCACGCGAAAGCCGAUUGACCUGCGCACGCAACUGCACCGCUAUGAGGAGCAGUCAGGCAUGACCGAUGUGAUCCGGGACCAUGUGUGCGAUGGCUGGCUAACCACGAUGACACGCGCGGGGAAGGAAGCAGAGCAAAUUUACGUCGCCAUUGUGGGGCAACUCAUGCUCAUGGCAAAGCCGUAUCAACAGGCGGCUCAAAGUAACGGCGGAAUGAGGCGAACCAUCUCAGAGGACAAACCGACUCUGCCGGUGUCUGCACACCGGGAUUCGUCGGAUGAGGAUGACGAUGAUGAUGACGGGCUGUUGCAAGUGGAGGCUGCACAUCACCUGUGCGAGGUUGUGGUGUUGGACGUGGAGGACCAGACGGCGCUCGUGAAGAACUGCUUCACGCUUGUUGUCAUGGGCCCAUUCGGCACCCCUGCUUCCCUCCUCACACUCAAGGCAGAGUCCGCAUACGACAAGACGGAAUGGCUCAAACACCUCAGGAACGGGAUUGACACGACAGAUCAUCUUCGUUCGGCUGUUCGGAAGCCAAGCCACUCGUUCUUCGUCUCUCGUGAUUCCACCUCGACCUUGGGCUCGGACAUGUCCUCACGACGGGAAUCGACGUGGGCGGCUGGGCUGCGCGCCCUGCGCUCUCCAAUGGAACGCGCAGCGAGCCGCGAUGUGUUUGCGCGUCGGCGGAUCAGCGAUGCAUAUGAUGAGGUGGGACCAGACCUCCCUCCAGAGGCAUACGCGUACGAUGACGCCCCUCAGCACGUUCACCACCAGCACCAUCACCACCACGGCCAUCACCACCACGGCCACCACCAGCCGCGGCGUGCAGACCGGAAAUCGUCACGUCGAUCGCACACAUCACCGCUGUCGUCCACCAACUCGUCCGUGCGUGGCAGCCAGCGCAGCCGCACCGCAUCUGCACGCUCCAGCCGCUCACAGCGCAUAUCGGAGCGCGCAAACCGACUCAGCCAGACUGGCGGGCACAUUACAUCGCGUGAUCUUGAGGAGUCGGGUGACCUCGUUGUGCCGCUUCGCCGCGGCGCUGGUCUGAUGCGUCGGCGAGGGCGCGGUCGCCUCAGCGAUGGCUCGGAUCGCGUGUCCAUGGCGCACAUCUCUGCCGAGCUCACGGGCGCCGCUGAUUCCGGUGGCUCCUCCUACUCCAUUCUGCACGAGGAGGACAGGCAGCGCGACAGCAGCGUGCUUGCAGGCAACGGUGGUAUUGUGGCGGGCGUUUCCGACGCCGACGGAGGCAUGGCCAGCCAGAGCCCGUCUGCCUCACAUGCGCGCGUGGGUGCACGCGGAUCCAUGUCAGUUCGAUCAGCAGACGCGGCAUUGAGCCUGUCCUCGCCUUCAUCGGCAACAGCACUUGGACGUCAGCGCAACAGCCAGCAGCAGCAGCAGCAGCAUGAGGUUGCCGGCACGACGGCAGUAGGCGCAUACACAGACGACCGUGCCGGUGUUGAUGCAGGGCGCCCCCGCUUGCUCAAACGCCCCAGCUCUGCAGAUGCGCUGCGAACAGCGCGGAGCAGUCAGAGUACGCUGGCAUCGACAGCAACGAGCACCCGCCACGGCAGCACGGAUGUGGCGGAGGGCGGCACGUGCGGUGAGGAAAGUGACACGGUGCACACGCCGCAGCCACCGUUGGGCUCUGCGUCACAAACGGCGGUGAUGGGCGCGGGCUCACGCGGUGACAUCUUCUUCGCCGAGGACGAUGACAUGUGCGGGAAUGGUGCUACUGCUGGUGGUGUUGAUGACCACGAUGCAGCAGCGGACGCAGGCAACGUUACCGAGCAGCGUGACGAUGAAGCGGAGGAAGCUGGCGAUGCUGGCCAUGGUGACAACAAACAAGCUCGCCUAUCGUCCAGCAACAACCAGCAGCACCAGCAGCAGCCCUCGGCGGUGCUGGUUUCGGAUGGGCCGAGUACACAGCAGCCUUGUGUUCCUCGCCAGGACUCCCCCGCGUCGUCAACGGCAUACGAUCAGCAGCCCGUCAUGCCCGCAAAGUCACACAUCAAUCGCCUGGUGUCUCGGUACCGCAAGCGGCUCUCCACCAACAUGGUUGACAAAGGUCGAGCACAGCAACAACAGCAACAGCAGCAGCAGCAACAGCCAGCAGGGCAUGGAUGCGCCCUCGGCGGGCAAAGCGUGUCUGUGCUCCCUUCACACGCGCACAUGUCUGCGAGCGGGCAGAACGCAGUGCCAGCGGCUGGCAGGGAUUCGGAGAGGAUGCUGGAUAUGGAAGUGGCUGCGGUGAUGGAGUCAUCGGCCUUCUCGGUCAAGCUGGCUGGGUCGCACGCCCUGAGGAAACACGGCCGUGCCAGUUCCCCCGUGGCAAGGCCGCGCAGCGCCACAUCACCGAACACCAUGCGCCACAACAGCGUUGGCUCCCACCGCUUCGGCAGCAGCAGUCGCAACGGCCCUGCUCUGCACGCGUCCAGGGCCACGGGUGCAGGCCACGGCAGCGGCAGUGCUGCUGUUGACAUGUCACGACAGCGAGUAUCGUCGCUGGGCAUGCGCAGCUCCCUCAAGACACGUGACUCCAUGCUGCUUGCCUUGGACGGCCACGAUAACAGCGGCACCCUUGUGUAGUUUGAUGGGUGUAUCAGCAUGUUGCUUGGUGCAUGAGCGAGAGAGUGUGAGUGAGCUAGUGUGUGUGUGUGUGAGUGAGUGUGAGUGAGUGAGUGUGUGUGAGUGAGUGAGUGUGAGUGAGUGAGUGUGUGUGAGUGAGUGAGUGACACUAUCGAGAGAGACACUGUCGAGAGAGAGAUAGCCCGUAGCCUGCCUUCUUGCCUUGUGUUCGUUUGUUCAGUCCUUCCUUCGUUUUCCUGCUUAUGCUUCCACAUGUUCAACGUUACAGUCCCUUUUUCGCUUCUUCGUUAUGUUACACAUCACGCACAUCACAUCCCAGCCUGACAGCGUGCAUGUGUGCUGGGGCUGUUGUCUUUGACGAAGACCCUAGAGUUUCUGUUGUUGCCUUCAGGCAGGCCCAGUUGCUUCGCAUCUUCGCAACGCGUCCACCACUUCUUUCCUUCUUCUUCUGUUAAGCUAUUCCGUGUCGUUGCUAUUUUGUGCAUGUGAUAGUAAAUUUUCGACAAGCGUCA